UCACUCAAUACACUCUCUUUGGUGUUCUCUCUAUAUAGCUGAAUAGACACACUUCCAAAAUGGCUCCAGAUAUCAAGAUGUAUUUCUGCGUAUGGCUUGUUCUUGCACUAACAGGCACAGGAUUAGGAUCUGCCCUGCCAGGUAAGAGCCACAGUGGAGGGAAGAACGACCCAGUGUUGCAGUAUGUCGUGAACAACUCAUUGAGAGAACAUCCUGUCAUGACCAAACUCAGACUGAAAACCCUUGAGGACCCAUGGAGCAUCAUGCUGGUUGCUAGUGAACAAGCACAACUGAUGGCAAAUCUGGCCAAACUGAUCAAUGCCAGCAAAACCAUUGAAAUUGGGAUGUACACGGGGUACAACACCCUGAACAUGGCCUUGGUUGUACCAGAGAAUGGUCAAGUGGUAGCGUGUGAAAUAGACAACGAAUACGUGGACAUCGCUAAACCUUUCUUUAAAGAGGCCGGAGUCGAGGAUAAAAUUAAUGUCCGUCUUCAAAUGUGUAUAAAAACACUGGAUGAGUUGAUAGCUGCUGGGGAAGCUGGCACCUAUGACUUUGUGUUCAUCGAUGCGGAUAAACGGAACUAUGACAGAUAUUACGAGAAGUCUCUUGAGCUUGUGAGACAAGGGGGCAUCAUUGCCAUCGAUAAUGUACUGUGGAGUGGUAAAGUGGUGAACCCUGCUCCUGAUGACCUGAUCUCCCAGGCUCUGGACAAGCUCAACAAGAAACUCCACACAGACCAGAGGAUCGAUCUGAGCAUGCUCACUGUGGGCGAUGGACUCACCCUGGCCAUCAAACGUUAACGACAACCCAUGCUAACUCAUGCUAACCCAUGAUGACUCAUGCUUAACCCAUGCUUACUCCAAACCCAUUGUGAUUUAUUUGAGAUUUAUUGGAGAUGUGGUAAACAUGAAGGGCUGGAAUAAAUAAAUUGUAUUUACUGUA